AUGAUUUACAGACUCCUGCCUUUCUCACUACUUAAAAAAAAAAAUCCUCCCAAGCCUGGAGGGAUAGAAGAGGAGGGUGAGGGAAGGAGCACCGCUGGUGACAGGUUUUCUCCGGAGAGGAGGGAAUCACACCCUCAGAGCUGUGAAAAAAUGAAUCAUGUCUUUCCUAUCAAGACUUUGCACAGAUUUUCUGGGAAACUUGUCAUUGAGGAUACAAUAGAGAUGACUGUCCUUUUCAGUAGUGUAGCAGUUUCUGGAGGGAACAGUGUGAAUCAAUCUGGGGGAUUAAAAUGCAAAUUAAAUGAAGAUUAA